AUGGCCGAGGACGGCAGCAGCGCAGCUGGCCCGCACCUCUCGCUGCCUCCAUCGCCCACCCAGCGCCGGACCCGGAGUCGACGACCUUCGGUCUCGUCCCAACCCGAUGAGCGGUCACCUCUGCUCCAAGGUCCGCGAGCAAAGCUGCGCCUCCCAAGCGCCCAGGGCGUCUCCAGGCGUCCGACCUUGUCGCAGAGUCAGAGUUUCACAGGAAGUAUCCUGGGUAGUCGACACCACAGUCGACACCAUAGCCGCGCUGGCUCAUGGGGCCAACGCCUCAUCAAUGCCCUCUCCGACCGCCCAGACCCCCUAAGCGAGUCCAAGCUGUCCUAUUCCCAGGACGAGCGGGUUUGGUACGAUCAGUUUACAUCAACGGACUGGGUGCACGACAGCAUCGCAGACGCCUAUCGUGUCAAGGCGCUUCGGAGCCGGAAGGACUUUUGGGGACGUGUCUACAUACUGUUCGACGGCGCCCAGGGUUGGAUACUAUCGGCUCUCGUCGGCUUCGUGGUUGCCGUGAUAGCGUAUUUGAUCGAUAUCUCGGAAGCUACAGCUUUCGACUACAAAUAUGGAUACUGUUCGAAGGAAUGGUAUCUGAAUGAGAAGAGUUGCUGCCCCCAUGGGCCUUGCACAGAUUGGCAGGAGUGGGGAGAGUUCUUUAGUGAGAGCCGUAUCGGGGAGAAAUGGUCUGAGUUUGGGGUCUACAUCGUCUCUUGCAUCAUUUUCUCCAGCCUCGCGUGUCUUCUCACCCUCACGACCAAGACUGUUGUGCCAUCUGCCUACAGACUUACCACUCUUGACGAGAACCUCGCCGCCGAAGCCGUUGCGAUCCCAGACGACCGCCCCGAGGAGGACAACCCUGUUAGCCCGAGGCAGACCCUUGUCAAGGAGCCCUCCGCACAGCCGCCGAUGAUUUACUAUUCUGCUGCGGGAAGUGGUGUGGCAGAAGUCCGGGUCAUCCUCAGCGGUUUCGUCCUUCACGGGUUUCUCGGCGUCAAGACCAUUAUUAUCAAGUCCGUUGGGCUGAUUCUGAGUGUGGCCUCGGGCUUGAGCUUGGGCAAGGAAGGGCCAUUUGUCCAUAUCGCGACCUGUGUCGGCAACAUCGCCAGUCGCCUCUUCUCCAAGUACGAUCGCAACGACGCCAAGAGACGAGAAGUUCUAUCAGCUGCCGCAGCGGCUGGCGUGACGGUCGCUUUCGGCGCUCCCCUAGGAGGUGUGCUUUUUGGCCUCGAAGAAGUCUCGUACUUCUUCCCGGCCAAAACGCUGUUUAGGACUUUCUUUUGCUGCAUUACGGCUGCGCUUACGCUUAAGUUCCUCAACCCCUACGGGACCCACAAGAUCGUCAUGUUCCAGGUGCAGUAUCCGGUCGACUGGGAAUACUUUGAGCUUUUGAGCUUCAUCGUAGUUGGUGUUCUUGGUGGCGUCGCUGGAGCUGUGUUCAUCAAGGCUUCGAGGCAGUGGGCCAAGACGUUCCGCCGCAUUCCAACCAUAAAAAAGUACCCCCUCGUCGAAGUUGUGCUCGUGGCGCUUGUCACGGGCCUUAUCGGCUACUGGAACGUUCUUACCAAGCUGCCGGUGGCCAAGCUCUUAUACAAUCUUGCAGCCCCUUGUGAUGAGAGGGACAACAAUCUCGAUGAUCUUGGCAUCUGCCCAAAGAGCAUUGACGAGAUCCCGGCAAUACUCGGCUUGUUGAUCUCAGCCUUCCUCGUCAAGGGGGUACUCACCAUCAUCACUUUCGGAAUCAAAGUGCCAGCCGGCAUUUAUGUCCCGUCCAUGGUGGUGGGCGGUCUGAUGGGCCGUACCAUUGGCCACAUGGUGCAAUGGGUCGUGAUGAGAUUUCCUCACUGGGGUGUAUGGGGUUCUUGUCCUCUGGUCGAUGAGUCUACCUGCAUCCAGCCUGGCGUAUACGGCCUCAUUGCCGCUGGGGCGACCAUGUGUGGCGUCACCAGGCUGUCUGUCACGCUUGCUGUCAUCUUGUUCGAGAUCACGGGAAGUCUCGAUUAUGUGCUCCCAUUCUCUCUGGCCAUCCUGGUGGCCAAGUGGACCGCGGACGCUAUCGAGCCUGUCAGUGUUUAUGACCUCUUGAUCGACAUGAAUUCUUACCCGUUCUUGAGCAACAAGAACAAGCCGAUAUUCACCUCGGACCUGGCAGAUAUUGUACCUCGUGUCCGCCGGGAGAGGGUCAUUGACAUUUCGAACUCGCCGAUGGUACCUGCCACCAGCCUCCGUAAGAAGCUGGAGGUUCUUCACCGAGCAGGGGAACUCGACGGCGGCUUGCCUAUCAUACGCAAUAACGUAUUGGUCGGAUUGAUACCGGCACCUGACCUCGAAUUCGCCCUCGAUAAUCUCGAGGACGAGGAGUCCAGGAUGUGCCUGAUGGCGCCUGUGCCGAGCAUCGACGACUCAGACGAUGGGGAGGCCGACCCGACUGACUUCACUCCCUACAUUGAUCCGGCGCCGGUUGCAUUGGACAUUAGAUCUCCCAUGGAUCUGGUCUACGAAUGCUUCGUUAAGCUUGGUCUUCGUUAUAUCUGCGUCUUGCGGGACGGCGAAUACGCUGGCAUGGCACACAAAAAGACAUUUGUGAAGUACAUUCGCGACCUCGAGGCUUCGGAAGGACGCAUGUCUAUCUAA